AUGAAUGUCCUGAAGCUUCAGAGGAAGUUUCCUCAGUUCCCUCAAAAUGAGAUCUUCUCCCUGUCGGAUGCCUUCCAGCGACUAGACGUCGACGACAAGGGCUAUCUCGACGAGGCGACAGCCAUCAAGGCCACUCAGCAGAGCGAGAACCAGCCCUAUGACGUCGUUCGUCAAGCCCUCAAGGAGGUCGAGCUUGAUUCCUCACGACGUGUUGAGCUCGAGGAUUAUGUCGGACUCAUCGCCAAACUCCGCGAUUCCUCUCCUGCCCAGAAGCGCAUGUCUACGGGGCCGACGCCUUCAGCUGGUGGUGGUGUCGUCUCUCAACGUACCGGCGGCCAUGCCUCCAAAGGCAGUGUGAGCGGCAAGAUCCACGUCCAGGGCUCCAACGCCAACAUUACCCACACCAUCAACGAGGACGAGCGGACCGAGUUCACUCGCCACAUCAAUGCCGUCUUAGCUGGUGAUACUGAUAUUGCGAGCCGCCUGCCUUUCCCUACCGAUACCUUUGAGAUGUUUGACGAGUGCAAGGAUGGUCUGGUGCUGGCCAAGCUCAUCAACGACAGCGUGCCCGACACAAUCGACGAACGAGUUCUCAACAUACCUGGCAAGAAGACCAAAAAUCUCAACGCCUUCCAGAUGAGCGAGAACAACAACAUUGUCAUUGAGUCCGCAAAGGGAAUUGGUUGCUCCGUCGUCAACAUUGGCGCUGGAGAUAUCAUUGAGGUCAGAGAACAUCUCAUCCUCGGUCUCAUCUGGCAGGUUAUCCGUCGCGGACUCUUGGGCAAGAUUGACAUCAAGCUUCACCCCGAGCUCUAUCGAUUGCUGGACGAGGAUGAAACCCUGGAGCAGUUCCUGCGGUUGCCCCCGGAGCAAAUCCUACUCCGAUGGGUCAACUACCAUCUCAAGGCAGCCAACUGGCCUCGAAGAGUGGCCAACUUCUCGACCGAUGUCAAGGAUGGAGAGAACUAUGCUGUGUUGAUGUCGCAGAUUGGUCCUGAGUAUGGAUGCACCCGUGCGCCGCUACAAACACGGGACCUUCUUGAGAGGGCAGAAGGGGUUCUUCAGGAGGCCGACAAACUCGGUUGUCGCAAGUUCCUGACCCCCAAGUCUCUUGUUGCCGGAAACCCCAAGCUCAAUCUAGCGUUUGUUGCCAAUCUGUUCAACAACCACCCAGCGCUCGAUCCCAUCACCGAGGAAGAGAAGCUCGAGGUGGAGGACUUCGAUGCCGAAGGCGAGCGAGAGGCAAGAGUUUUUACGCUCUGGCUCAACAGCUUAGACGUCCAGCCCGCUGUUGUGUCCUUCUUUGAUGAUCUACGGGAUGGUAGCAUCCUUCUCCAGGCGUAUGAGAAAGUUAUUCCGGGGUCUGUCAACUUGCGCCACGUCAACAAGCUACCAGCACAUGGAGGAGAGAUGUCAAGGUUCAAAGCCGUUGAAAAUACCAACUACGCCAUUGAGCUGGGGAAGCAGAUUGGCUUCUCACUUGUUGGCAUCCAGGGCGCUGAUAUUACAGACGGUCAAAGAACCCUCACGCUCGGCUUGGUCUGGCAGCUUAUGCGUAAGGACAUCACCGUGACACUGUCUUCGCUAGCCCAGAAGUUGGGUAAGCGAGAAAUCACCGACUCCGAAAUGGUGAGGUGGGCCAACGAUAUGUCGAAGAAGGGUGGCAGGAACUCGGCAAUUCGAUCAUUCAAGGACCCGUCCAUUGGCUCAGGUAUCUUCCUCCUUGAUGUUUUGAACGGAAUGAAGAGCAGCUACGUCGACUAUGACCUUGUGACAUCUGGCCAGACCGAUGAGGAUGCCUACAUGAAUGCCAAACUGAGCAUUAGCAUCGCCCGAAAGCUUGGUGCGACGAUUUGGUUGGUGCCCGAGGAUAUUUGCCAAGUUCGCAGUCGCCUCGUCACCACCUUCAUCGGUUCCCUUAUGGCAACCCAUGAGAAGAUGUAGAUUUAGGGUCUAGUGCAUUUUGGGCGGUUUGGUUGUAUGGCCUUGGGGUGCUGUGUUUGCGAGACAUGAAUAAAAAGUCAACUUAUAGUCGGUCACUCCGAAAUCUUGCAUUUUUGUUAACCCGAACCGGCAAAAUGGAAUCACAUCUCGUAGUGCAGGAGUUGUC